AAAUACACAUGAGCACUUCAUGAGCUCAAAGACUAAAAAAGAAAACGUGCUCCAAUCGUGAGACUAUUCACAGAAUUACUCUUAGUUGAGAAAUCCCUGCCAACACUGUACUAUAAAACUAUAAAAUACUCAAUCCUGUGAAUACUUUUGUAAUGAUAUCAGUACUCUGACAAUUUUGGGAUGACUUGAUGUGAUUUACAAAUAAUGCCCUAGAAAGUUGUGCCAACACAGAGUUUUCAUUUCAGGGAACUGAUUGAAAUUUUGGCAAUUUCAAGAAACCAGAAGCUUCCACAACCGGGAGAGGAGAGCCAGAUCCUGGAACUGCUGAUUCAGAGAGACGGAGAGUUUCAAGAGCUAAUGAAGUUGGCAGUUGAUCAGGGGAAAAUCCAUCAUGAAAUGCAGCUUUUGGAAAAGGUAGUCGAAAAGAGGGAUAAUGAUAUUCAGCAGCUGCAGAAACAACUAAAAGAAGCAGAGCACAUACUGGCAACAGCUGUUUAUCAAGCAAAGGAAAAGCUGAAAUCAAUUGAAAAGGCAAGAAAAGGUGCCAUUUCCUCUGAAGAAAUAAUUAAAUACGCCCAUAGGAUCAGUGCUAGCAAUGCUGUUUGUGCCCCUCUGACAUGGGUACCAGGGGACCCACGUAGGCCAUAUCCUACAGAUCUGGAAAUGAGGAGUGGUCUCCUGGGUCAGAUGAACAACCCAUCCACAAAUGGAGUUAAUGGACACUUACCAGGGGAUGCACUUGCAGCAGGCAGACUGCCAGAUGUGCUCGCUCCUCAGUAUCCUUGGCAGUCAAGUGAUAUGUCAAUGAACAUGCUACCUCCUAAUCAUAGUAAUGACUUCAUGUUGGAGCCUCCAGGACACAAUAAAGAGAAUGAAGAUGAUGUAGAAGUUAUGUCAACAGACUCCUCAAGCAGCAGUAGUGACUCAGACUAGGUACAAGAGGGACAGUAUCCCUAGUAGACCUUUCCUGUGGUGAAGGUAGGUUGGAUGCUGUUUGUCACAAACUGCAAUACCCUUUUGUUACGCUGGCAUCCCUGUGUAGGGAGAAGGUAACAGCUGGCUCAGAAAUAGGGCGACUAAUUUAAAACCAUGGACUUCAGAAUUUCUUUUUUUCCAUUAGACGUUCAAGUAAGAUGACUGGGAGCUUUCUGCUGGAGGAGAGAUUUCAAAUUCACAGUGAUUAUGUAAAUGUGUGAAUGUGUAUGUUUGCAAGAGACAUGCGUGUGUGUGUAUAUAUAUAUUUACUAUACAUUAGAUGACAAAAGUUCCUGGGAAAAAAGGUGUAAGGGGAAUCCCCUUGUAUGUUAGUAACUUUACUCUUUUGAUGAUAGCCUUUUCUAUGGCACAGAAAUGAGGCACGAAAUUUGUAAUUUUAGUAUCUUUUUUUGUUACUGCCUAAAUCCAUGUUCUUGAUCAUCUUGUGUGUGUCAAGAACAAAAAUGUGGCAAUAAGGUGUAAAAACCAAAAGUUUGUAAUUAUUGUAAUAUAUAAUGAAUGAUUUGUCAUAAAUAAACUCAGCUUUGAUGUAACUCCAUUUCAUUUUGAAAACUU